UUCUUUGUAUAAAUGUGCAUGUCCUCGAAGAAAAACAACUGAACUGCAUUUGCCGUUAACUCCCAUAAAAUCUCCAAGAAAAAAAAAAACACAAUUGAAAGAAACUACGAAAUGGAGAAUAAAUUGUGCAAAUGGGGUUUCAAGAAUGGCGAUGAUAUUAAGGAAAAAUCUUUAUUCUCAAUUCGAUCAGUUCUUGAAACAAUUAUGGAAAAUCUUAACGAAGAAGAUGGGAGAGUACUGAUUCAUUUGGGUCGUGGUGACCCUUCAUCAAUCCCAUGUUUUCGAACGUCUCCGGUAACUGAAGAUGCUAUUUUUGGUGCAGUUCGAUCUGCUAAGUUCAAUGGUUAUGCACCUGCUGUUGGUCUUUAUUCAACAAGGAGGUCGGUAGCGGAAUAUCUCUCUUAUGAUCUUCCUCACCAACUAUCACCAGACGAUAUUUUCCUUACACCUGGUGCUAAUCAAGGGAUUGAAGUUGUAACAGCAGUUCUUGCUCGCCCCGGUGCCAACAUAUUGCUUCCUAAACCAGGGUAUCCAUUUUAUGAAGCUCGUGCUGCGUGUAGUAAUAUUGAAGUCCGCCAUUUUGACCUUCUCCCCGAAAAGGGCUGGGAAGUUGAUCUUGAGAGCUUACAAGCCCUUGUUGAUGAUAACACCAUUGCCAUAGUUAUCAUUAAUCCUGGAAAUCCUUGUGGCAACGUUUUUACAUCCGAACACUUGCAAGAGAUUGCGGAGACGGCAAAAAAGCUAGGAAUCCUAGUGAUUGCAGAUGAAGUUUACAGCCACCUAUGUUUCGGUAGCAAGCCUUUUGUUCCAAUGGGAGUAUUUGGAUCGAUAACUCCGAUUUUAACUCUGGGGUCGAUAUCAAAAAGAUGGAUUAUUCCUGGUUGGCGACUUGGUUGGAUAGCAAUGGUUGAUCCUAGUGGCCUCCUUAAGAAGUCUGGGAUUGCUGAAUGCCUUCAAAGUUACCUUGAAUACAGUGCUAAUCCAGCAACUAUUGUUCAGGGAGCAGUACCUCACAUCCUCGAGAAAACGACAAAGGAAUUCUUUUUGAACAUCAACAACGUAUUGAAGGAAGCGGUUGAUGUAUUUUAUGCCAAAGUUCAGGAGAUACCUUGCUUUACCUGCCCGUACAAACCAGAUGGAGCAAUGUCCGUGAUGAUUAAAUUGAACCUGUCAUUUCUGGAAGGCAUAAAGGAUGAUAUGGAUUUCUGCACUAAGCUAGCCCAUGAAGAAUCAGUUAUCAUUCUGCCAGGAAUGAUUGUGGGGCUAAAGAAUUGGUUGAGGUUAACUUUUGCCAUGGAGCCAGCCAUUCUUGACGAAGGACUUGAGAGAAUAAGAGCUUUCUGCUUGAGGCAUAAAAGUAGAUAAAUAUUUAGUUACCAUUUGAUAAACUAUUGUGAAUCAAAUGUGUUAAAAUAGACUAUC